AUGACCUUCGAAAGUCAAGGUCUUAGUGAAAGUGACUUAGGAAAGGAUGCCAACGUUUUAAUAAUGGAGUUGAAUAAAGGUUUCCAGUCAACAAACUUAGGGAUCCAAUGCAAGACUAUUGCGCAAUUCCCCUCCGUUCUUGAAAAGUAUCCAUUCCCUGUUGUAAUAAAUUCAAUAUUACUCAAAAUUACUCAGAUUUUUUGCGAUGGAAAUAAUCAUGUACGCCUCUGUAUACUACGUGCGUGCGCAGAAUGCAGAACUCACUUUAAAAAAUUGACAGUGUGUGAAGAUAUCAUCCGUAAAUUACUUCCUUUUACAGAAAGCAACGACCCAACUGUCCGUGCUUUAACUCUACGUUUGUUUGGAAUUCUGGAUGAAAUCACGCGUGAACACCUUGGAGUUCAUCAUGCCAUCUUAAAGCAAAUCGAAUCACAUUAUGAAGUAGAAUCGGAUGCAGCUGUAUGGGCCUGUCAUACAAUCGCCCCAAUAUCUAGUGUGUUUGCUGGUAGUCUUUGCCCCAUAUUGUGUAAAUUACUCAAUGACUUGUCUACAGACACUGACACUAAGCUCAAACUUCUGCAUUUAGGAAAACAUAUGCAUCAUAAUUCUACAGUUUCUGAAGAGAUACGUCGUUGCUUGAUCGAGAUGCUUAACACGUACAAUACUACUAAUUUCGUUAGUGCCAUCUUAGAUACACUUACCACUCUAGAAACUCGUGCCCCACUACAUGUUCACAGCCAAAUCGAUCUCCUACUCAAACGGUUAUCAAUAGAAAAAAGGCCUCAGGUUCGUCAAAGCGUCCUUUGGAAUUUGAUUACUCUAGCCGAAAACAUACCUCACCACUUCGAUAAACCUCAUUUUCUUGAAUUGAGUUCCAUUUAUCAUGGUGAAAGCUGCAGCAAACUGGAUAAAGUAUUAAUACUCCAAAUAUUCUUUUGUCUAACGACAUCAUUCCAUUCUAUGGAAUUUUUAACAUUAUCGUCUGGACAACUGGACACUGCUAAAUGUUAUACACCUGUUGACUGUAUAAAAAGCGCUUUACAAGAUACAUCAUCCCAUUUAUUAAUUCGAGCGAUUCAACUGGCGUGUAAACUUACCAUUUUGAAAGGUGAUGGUGGUCAGCUAGAGAAUAGUGAUACAGAUUGCUGUACAGACUAUGAGACAUCAUUCAACUUUGAACCGAAACAAUUGAUUCAGUUACUUCUAUAUCAUUUUAAUCUAUCAGGAAAUAAGAAAGAAGAGAAAGGGAGUAUGGAAAUGCUUUGGUAUCUACAUGAUAAGGAUAUUCCAAUUAGUGAUUUAAAGUGCACAUAUAGCUUACUUGUGGAAUUCUUCAGUACAUUUCCCUCGUAUGCAUCACAAUUACAUAAAAUGAACUUCAUUGAAGGUAUACAACUUGAUGGAGCAACACGUACUGGUUUAUUGUGUCAAUUUUUAUGCACAAUGUAUGCCAGACUAUCGCAGUACUUAUUUCUUGAUUCCUCAACUAUUUGCAAUGCUGGUGGUGGUGGUGGUUGUGGUGAUGUCAAGUCAGAACAACUCACUUAUUCAAAUGUGUUAUCUAAAUUAACUAAUUCUAUUCCAGGGGACCGUGUAUCAUGCUCGUCAUCAUCCUCUUCUACACUGAAUAGCAUAACUUCGUCUGUACUCUCUGCUGUCGGUUUAGUAUUCCAACUGACUGGAGGUAUUCCAUUGACACAAAGAGAACAAACACUUUUAAUGUCUGCGGUAUCAAAGUUUUUAGGUGAAAAAGUAGACAGGGCUUCAUUAGGCUAUCGUCUAUCACCGUGGUUUGUUUAUCAGUUAGCCAGACAGGCGAAUAGAUAUGGUCAACAUGAAUUCGCGUGUAGAUUAUAUGCGAAGUUAUCAUCUUUGACUUUAACAGAGAAAUCUUACUUUUGCCAAUUGUCUGGAGACAGAUGUGAAGAGAACACUUACACAACGCCAUCAGAAAUCGGUGCCGCAUCAUCAGGGAAUACAACCUCUUGGAUAAGUAAACUGAUUAUUGGUUUAAGAAAUGCUGCUGAAGAAUCCUGUAGAAUACAAACCACUAUUAUAUGCAUUGGAGGUAGUGAUGGACGAUGGUUUCAAGCAAAAUAUAUUCAAAUAAGAAGUUUGUUACUAGCCAGUCUAUCGAAUCUUUGUUCUAAUGUAUAUCGUGCAUUGAAAAUUGAACGAUGGUCUGGUUCCAUUUUAAUGAAUCAGCCUUUUAAAAGUGAUCCAAUUCAAAAUGAAGCUACUGAUUUUACCACAUAUAGUAGGGAUAGUAGUUCAUCAUCGCAAAGUUUAGUUUGGCUGUCAAGUUGUAUAGACGAGUGGAAUGAUCUGUCAAAUGAAAUCUCUAAACUUCGUGCCCAAUGUCUGGAUGCUGAUGUAGAGACGCACUGGCAUUUAGAAGCAAUAACACAAGUGGUGGAAUUUUUCAUCGAGAUACUCAGCCUAAUUAAUGCGUCAAGUUAUCCUUCAGGAUUCUCUAGUAUAGAAGAAUAUUUAUCCUCUGGAUUAGAGACAAACUCAAGUCAUACGUAUACAUCAGAUCCAUAUGGUAAAAUUGUCUCUAUCCUAAGGACAUCAAUGCGACAAUAUUUUCCCAUUGAUAAUACACCAGUUAUACGUGAAUGGAUACCAGUAUUAAUUUUCAAAGUUGUUCAAGUUGCUUCUCAUUGGCCAAGAUUCUUUUUUCAACGUUUACAGACAACAACUGUACGACUUGUACUUCUGCCAAAAGCUGGAAGUAAUCCAGACGAUGUAUUGACUAUCAGUAAUGAUGUCUGUCAUAUGAUUCAAGUAAUGGGUGUUGUACAACAACGUAGUCGAUUAGAUAAGAAAGCUUUGCUACGUCGUAUAGAAGCUGUGGAAAUAGCUGUGAAUGUCAAUGAAAUUUGUCCAGAAAGCAUAAGAAAUGGUCAAUACACUAAACUCGAUUUGAUAUAUUCAACACAAAAAGCUACUCAACUGAAAGGGGAUUAUUUUCAUAGUGAAUUUUGUAUACGAUUUCCUCAGUCUACUCAAGUGAUGAUGCAUAGUAACAGUGGAGGGAUAUUGCGUCAGAGUGACAGAAUCUUUUGUAUACAUGCUCAUCCUAUUAUAAUCGAUAGUUUAGGCUCACAUUGGGAUUUAAGUGCUAACGCUGGUGCUACAGAUGAAAGUGUACUUGUUCGAGUUGAAUCAUUACCAUUGGCAACUACACAGCCUAUGCAAGCAGCAUUGCAUCUGUCUACGACUCAAAGUCAGUCAGAUUCCCAAGAUCCUAGUGAAGUUUGCCAGUCAAUUAAUUCUGGUCCUACGACCUCAUCAACAUCAGCAGCAGUGGCUCCAUCAACAGCAACGACAAAUACGUCGUCGUCGCAUAGUAUCAAUCAGAAAUCAGAUCUAACCAAAUCGAAAAUCGCUUCACGAACACCUGAUGGUUGGAAAAGUCAAACAAAGAAUCGGCCGAAGAAGACUGGAAGCGUAAAAUUUUCACCUUACAACUUAAAGUGA